AUGGAAGAAAGAAAAACGAAUAUCAGCAACGCAGCUGCACCUCAUGGAGGAGGUCGAGCAGCUGCGUCACCUGGUCAGGGAGGAUCGACAGACGACAAAACAAACUCGCUGCUGCUGACCAGGGAGGAGCAACUAGAAGCGUACCCGGAGAAUGAAAGAGAGAGGCCGGAGGUUUUCGCGGGAUGCACGACGGAGCUGCAAGGGGAGAUCCCCUCCCCCUACCUGUCGACCAAAGUGAAGAUGCGGAAGGAACGUACCUUGAUAGAAGAGGUGCGUUCAGGGGGUGAGCGAUGUAGGGGAUCACAGCCAGUAUUCAAAGCGGCAUCAGCUCACUUUGAGGAGGCGUUCAAGGAGGUCCAGGUGGGGCCACAUUCGGCGGAUGCUGAUUUCGUGGUGGACCGGGUGCUGCCGUCAGAGGCGGCGGCCAAGCUCGGUGCCCCGUGGACGGAACCCGAAGUCAAGGCGGCGUUGAUCGGACUGCCAAAGGGGAAGUCACCAGGUCAGGACGGCCUGCCGGCGGAACUUUUUGUGUCUCACUGGGACCUGCUGGGGGAGUGCUUCAUGGAAUUUGUCAGAGGUUUUGAGCGAACGGGGGUGCUGCCAAAAUCACUGACAACGGCACUAACAAAACUGUUGCACAAAAAAGGAGAGAAGGACCUAUUGACAAAUUACAGGCCGAUCACGCUCCUCACGACGGUGUACAAGGUCCUGGCCAAGGUCCUAGUGAACAGGCUCAAGAAGGAGCUUCAUCAAGUAAUCUCGAAGGAGCAACAUGGUUUCAUACCGGGGCGCAGCCUGGCGGAUGCGGUCGUGGUAGUGGCUGACGUGAUCAAGGCGGCGUACAACGACGGGGAGGAUUGGUACCUCCUGCUGGUGGAUUUUCAGAAGGCCUACGACACGGCGCGAAUCUAUCUACCGCCGGAGGAGUUAUGGGCAAAGAUUUGCAAGACCUGUGACAACUACGUCUCAAAAGGGGAGGCGACGGCAGAUAAGACUUUCGUCCUCUGGAGCGGAGAACUGGCAAGACUCCCCAAGAAAGAGGGAGGGCUGGGACUAAUCGACUCGAAGGACCGGUUAGACAGCAUGGCGAUCCGGCAGGUCGAGAUGUUUCUGACGGAGCAGGACACAAUAAAGCGGUGGUUGUCGGAGAAGGCGGCAGCUCUGUGA